AUGACGCCAAACCCUUGGCCCUCCUUCGACUCUCUCCCUCUCGAACCCAAUGGUCCUCCAGGAAAUGCCUGGGGCCUCUUCGGCCCCAACGACCAGCUCGGCAUGCUCAACCUGCUGACUCCAGAUGUCAUCGCAUCAGCCGCGCAAGAAAUCCAACAAGGAAUACGAGUAUCACUAGACUGGCCGCUAGACAAACCUUCAUAUCCGACAUUUACGCGAAAACAGUUUGAGCAUCGAAUCAUUCAUGAAUCGAAAACGCCUAUGAAUGAUGAUGAGGUUCAUUUCAAUACGCAGAGCAGUACACAGUGGGAUGGGUUUCGGCAUUUUGCUUUCCGGUCAUCGAGGCAGUUCUUCAAUGGUCAUACACAAGAUGAUUUUGAGGAUCCGAAUAAACUCGGAAUAGACAAAUGGGUCGAUAAAGGCGGCAUAAUAGGCCGCGGUAUCCUCCUCGACUGGGCUUCAUGGGCAACCCGCAACGGUCGCGAAAUCAAACCGCUCCAAUCCGGCCCCGUCCUCGUCAACGACUUGAAGACCAUUAUCAAAGAACAAAACAUCCAAAUCCGUGCCGGCGACAUCCUCUUCAUCCGCGUUGGAUUCACAACAGCCUACAACGCGCUCACAUCCACAGAGCAAGUGAACUACCCAAAUCGUCAACCACCAGGCCUAUUAGGCCUAGAAGCAACCCACGAAUCACUGAAAUGGUUAUGGGAGUCCAGAUUUGCGGCCGUGGCUAGUGACUCGCCUAGUUUUGAGAGGGGGCCCACUACGGGAUCUUAUAAUGAUCCUGAUGUGAGUAUCCAUCAAUGGGCGUUGGCGGGUUGGGGACUGCCGUUGGGCGAGAUGUUUGAUUUGGAGGAGUUGGCGGAGACGGCGAGGAGGUUGGGGAGGUUCCGGGUGGUGUUGCGAGUCCUCCUAAUGCCGUGGCCAUUUUCUGAGGAUGAGCUGAAUGAGGAGCGUGAUGUCAAGGCAUCGUUUCAACAUAAGAAAAGUCAGAUUUGA